AUGUCUGCCCCGGCGGAUCAUGACACAAGCCAGGUCGCAGACAACGGUGACAACCGUACGAUAGAGAACGACACGGAAUCACACGACCCCCGUCCGCGGAAAAGACGGAAAUACAUCGCAAAGGCAUGUAACGAGUGCAAGCGGCGGAAAAUCAAAUGUAAUGGAGAGACACCAUGUCAAAGAUGCGGAAGACAGCGGAUUGGAUGUGUGUACGCGGAAGGACAGCGACAAGAAAUUAGCGGGAAUGAACACGGGUUGGAUCAAUUGUGCGAGCAGAUGAAAGCCAUGCAGGAGCAGAUCACUGCUUUGACGACUGCCGUUCAUACUCUGACUCAAGGUGCUGCUGUUCCGACGUCAUUAUCGCGACCGGACCAGACCUGCUUUUCUAUUUCCUCACAGAGACCGUUUCGGCGUGUUUCAUCGGCUAAGGAGUUGACUUUUCAGGGUCCCACGACCUCUGCGUUUAGUUUUGAUCUUGCGAAAUCGAGUCUUCAGCGGCGUGGGAUUGUCGAGCGCAAUGAUGCUGGUGAGGAUGGGGAUUUGACCCAGGAGCCGUCGCCUAUGCCAUCGCCCUCACCCACUCAGGUGUUGCAUACACGACAGGGUGAUCCGCUGUGGACUAUUGGAAAGGAUGAAGCUCUUCGAUUGUGUAGGGUGUAUGAGGAGGAGAUGGGGAUCAUGUACCCUGUGUUGGACUUGCAGGAGCUCCUCAACCAGGUCGAGAUCCUAUAUGGUCAAGUGGAAACAGAAGGCUGGUCGGAGGCUUCUGUACAGCAUAAUGGUCAUAUGAAGGUGGAUGAUUACGACGUCCAUAUUCUCAGAUAA